AUUUACCCCUCACAAAAUCAGUAGUGUAUAAAAGGUCCAGAGUUAAAGAUAUUUUUUUCAAAAUAGAUAUCACAACAUGAGUAAUGAUCAAGAAUUUUAAUAUCAUGUUAGGGUUAUCUGGAGUGUAUUGUGCAUGUCUAUUAAAAACAGAACAAUGUAUAAUAAACCUUGAAUUCACCUUUUUAGUAGAGAAAUAAUUUCCUAAAAAAGCAUUAUUUUGUUAGUUGAAGUGUGUAUCCUAACAUUAUUCUACUGUGAGAAUAUACUUUGUGUGUGUUUGCAUUUAUAUUUAUAUAGUUUUAGGAUAGAACAUUGUGUGCAUGUUUUUUUGCCUCAUUUCCAUGAAACGAGAAACAAUCAUAGCCUUCUGAAUCUGCCAGCUUGACCAGUUAAUUAAUCCUCUCAAUUAACUGUAUAGUUAAGAGUCUAAAAUGAUUUUAUUAUUCAUACUGGAAAAGGAACAUGUAGAAGUUUAACAGAGUUUGAGUACACCAUUUCUAACACCAGCUAGUUAGAGCCAACUAACAUAAGCUAGCUAGAUAGCUAAGAACAGCCACACAACAUUGACACUCUUCAUGCUUGAAUUCUGGUCAACAAUUAUUAUUAUUAUUGGUUGUUUUUUUUGUUUGUUUAUUUGUUUUUAUAUAAAUGUAGCUGAUAUAAUUUAGCUGAUAUAAUUUAGUUGGUAAAUAGAUCAGCCAGCUAAUUCUUGUCUUUUCUGUUCAAGGGUAACAAGACUAGUGAGCUAAUUUACUUAGGCUACCAAGCUUGCUUAGCUAAAAGGAAACAUUUUUAGUAGACUUUGAUAACCUAUCUUAUAUAAAUUAUUAAUUUUUAAAGAAAUAGCUAGUCAACAUAUUUGACCAGUAGUUUUUUCAGCUAGUUGUUUUAUAUGUUAAAGUUCUGUCACCUCUGUCCUCCAUUUUAGGGUUUUCAAUAUAAUGCAGCAUCUGUCUUGUUUAACUGUAAUUGUGUUGUGGGUGGUGUAUAAAACUUUAGUGUGCUUUAUGUUGUAUGAAUUGAUGGUAUUUUAUGAUUUACUGUUGAUUAUUUUGUCACUUAAAUCUGAAUAACUUUCACACAGUUUGUGUCAUAUCACAGAUAACCAGUAACUCGGUUUCCCAGAAGGCCCCGCUAACUACAAACAUGGCCGCUGAGGACUACACUUCCCACACGCGCACGAACUCGCUUUCUCCGGAGUUCUAAUGACACACACCUGCACCCAAUCUCACACACACUCACAACACAGUAUAUAAGAGACUUUGAGAACAUUAAGACUUCGCAAAGUAAACGUUCAGUUGAUUUGUUCUCUGCCGUUCUCCACGACUUAUCAUCAUGUUUUGCCAAAGUGACUUUGACCAUUGUUUUUGCUCUCGACCUCGAUUUUUUGCCUUGCCUAGUUUUGUCUGUUUGCCUGAUCGCCUGACCCCUGCCUGUUUAUCGACCACGGAUUUUGCCUUAACCCUUUUGGAUUAUUGUUAUAUCUGCAUACCUGCUUUUAUCUCCGCCUACAUAGCGUGUCAGUAUGUAAAGUCUCUGCUGCGGUUUAUUCCAUAAUAUAAUUAUUCUCACUGGAUUUUGCUUGUGGUCACUGCUCGGAGUAUUUAGGAAGAUUUUAAGAGAAAUAUAGAUAAACAACACAGGAAAUAGUCAAACAAAAGAUGAACAGAGAAAUAACAAAGGACUACAACAGCAUUGUAGCAGUAAUAAUAUUAUCUUGAUAAAUUGCCAGAACUGUUUCAAAUGAUUUAGUUGUAAAGUGUGACCAAAUGCACAAACAGAUUAAUUUGAUCUCUAUAGCAGGGGUUCUCAAACCUUCUGAAGUGUGAAUUUCCCUCUGGAAUUAAUAAAGUGAUCAAUCUAUCUUGACAGGGACCAUAUUAACUGUCAAAUAAAUUUCACAGAUGCUGUCCAGCCAAUAAUCCGACCACUCAAAUAUUAGGCUCAUUAUUAUAACGUGUACAGUUUUACUGAGAUUUGGAUUAAAGUCAAACAGACUAAUAUCUAUAAGAACUUCAUCAGAAAUAUAUCUUUGAUAAUUGUGGGUUGUGAUGACCAGACCAGUAAACUCCUGUAGACUAAUGAAAAUUAUACACACACAUUUUCCUGAGUUUGACUCCCUACAAAUGUUUUACAAAAACACACAAUGUUACAUACUGCAGUUUUAAUGAUGAAUUGAAAAGUGCCGCAAGAGGAGAACCCAAAGUAAUUGAGUAAAGUGAUUAAAACCCACAUACGAAUUCAGUCACCUGAAGAACCUGCCAGUAAUAAAGUUAUAAACACAUUUAUAAGCUUCAUCACCUUUUUCUCUAAAGGCAAAAUCACUCUGCUGGUAUUUUUCAACUCUGACAAUUUUUGACUUUGUUUUUUCAAUCAGAAUAUUCACCUGGAUAAAACAACAAGUGUUUCAUUAAUAAUAGUCAUUAGUCCAUACAGAUUUACUAACGUGUUGGUACAUGAGAGCUUUUGUAUGUUAAAAUGAGUCACCGCCUAUACUGGUGUAUAAAUGAAAGUGGAAUCAGACCAGUCUGAAAGCUCACAUAGACCAGGAAGACGUCUUUUUAAAACAAGUGCAGAAUUUAAUUACUACGGACCCAGAGGAUCAGAGAAGAGAAUAAACAGGACGAGUCUUGAUAAAGAGAAAAGUAAAAGGAAUGUACUUUAAAGUUUUUUCAUAGUUCAGGAGUUGGGCCAGGGUUCUGGUUUAUUAAACCGAACUGAGUAGUGGUGUCAGAUAAAGAUGUAUUUCUGUACCAAGGGAAAAAAGUGAGAAAUUAAAUUUCAUGCUCAAUAAACAAACUUGAUAGUUAAGAUUAAUGAAACAUUUAAAAGUGUUCUUUUGUCUGUUACAAGAAUGUUACUGAGUGAGGUGCAAACAUUCCUACUAACACCAGGAAGUAAGAAACGAUAAACUACAGUUACUGACUGAGAGCUGUGAGAAUGCUCAGUAAAUGGCUGUGAUUUAUUUUUUUAACCAUAUAAUGUGUGUCAGUGUGUGAACUGAAUAUUGAUUUGUUUCUGGAAGGGUUAAAAAGGAGAAGGAAAGAGGACAUGAAUGAAUCUUUAUCAUCACAACUAAGACAAGGCAGAAGGAACAGCAUGGGAGAACCUGUACAAUUUGCAGGUGAAUCCAGGAGCCUCCUGACUGAAGAGCAGUUACAGUGUUCUAUCUGUCUGGAAGUGUUCACCGAUCCCGUCACCACUCCAUGUGGACACAGCUUCUGCAACAGCUGCCUCACACAAAGCUGGGAUAGGCGUAAAUAUUAUUAUUGUCCAUAUUGCAAAGAGAAAUUCACCAAGAGACCUGAAAUCAAGAUUAAUAUAACACUGAGAGAGGUUGUAGAUCACUUCAAGAAGAAAACAGUCUCAGAUAAGUCUCUGGUUCUUUGUGACUUCUGCACUGAUGUGAAGCAGGAGGCCUGUCUGGAUUGUGGUGUGACUCUCUGUUCAUCUCAUUUAGAUCUACAUAAUAAUGUUCAAAAAUAUAAGAAACACAAAGUAAUAAAUGCAGUGGAGAACCUGGAGAAAUACAUUUGCCAGGAGCAUGAGAGACCUCUGGAGAUGUUCUGUAGAGACGAUCAGAAGUGUGUGUGUCGGUUCUGUACUGUGACAGACCACAAGAAUCACAACGUUAUUCCAUUAGAGGAGGAGAGUGGAGAGAGGAGGUCUCCACAGAACUGAAGAGGAUUCAGUCUUUCACUGAGAAACUCUAUCCAUACUUCAGUCCUUGUUUGAAUGAUGGAGGUAAAAACGCAGCACCACUGAUCACUUCUCGUGUAUCAAAGACUGAAUAAGUUCUCACCUCAUCUAUUCAGUAAUGUAUGAAAUGGCCAGAAUGGAAGACACUGCAUCUCUUUUUUCGAUUUGAUCCACCAUCCAUUGUUGAGUGAAAGUAAAACCAGACCAGUCAGAGAGCUCAGAUCCACCAGGACAACUUCUGUUUAUUAUAAUAGCUGAAAGUAUUCGCUGUGUAUCCAGUGGAACUGAGAAGUGUAUAAACCUGAGCAGUUUUGAGAUAGAGAAAAGUUAAGGAGAAGGAAAAAAAAAAGACAUGGAUGAAUAUUCUUCACCACAAGCAAAGAAAGCCAGGAUGGCUACAUCACAUAGAAGUACUGACUUUGCAGGUGAAUCCAGCAGCUUCCUGACUGAAGAGCAGUUACAGUGUUCCAUCUGUCUGAAAGUGUUCACUGACCCUGUCACCACUCCAUGUGGACACAGCUUCUGCAACAGCUGCCUCACACAAAUCUGGGAUACGAGUCAGCAUUAUUAUUGUCCAUAUUGCAAAGAGAAAUUCACCAAGAGACCUAAAUUCAAGAUUAAUAUUACACUGAGAGAGGUUUCAGAUUGCUUCAAGAAGAAAACAGUCUCAGAUAAGUCUCAGGUUCUUUGUGACAUCUGCACUGGUGUGAAGCAGGAGGCCUUGAAAUCCUGUCUGGAUUGUGCUGUGGCAUUCUGUCCGUCUCAUUUAGAUCUUCAUAAUAAUAUUAUGAAAAAUAAGAAACACAAAGUAAUAAAUGAAGUGAGGAACCUGGAGAAAUACAUUUGCCAGGAGCAUAAGAAACCUCUGGAGAUGUUCUGUAGAGACGAUCAGAAGUGUGUGUGUCGGGCCUGUACUGUGACAGACCACAAGAAUCACAACGUUAUUCCAUUAGAGGAGGAGAGUGAAGAGAGGAAGAUACGUUUGGGGGGAAAACGGACGGAGCUGCAGCAGAUGAUCCAGGAGCGACUGAAGAAGAUCCAGGAGAUUAAUCACUCAGUAGAGCUCAGCAAAAGAAACACAGACAAAGAGAAAUCAGACAGCGUUGAAGUCUUCACCGCUCUGAUUCGCUCCAUUGAGAGGAGUCAGGCUGAGCUGCUGAAGGUGAUGGAGGAGAAGCAGAAAGCAGCAGAGAAGCAGGCUGAAGGACGCAUUAAAAAACUGCAAAAGCAAAUCAGUGUCCUAACGAGGAGAGACACUGAGCUAGAGCAGCUCUCACACACUGACGAUCAUCUCCACCUCCUACAGAUUUAUCCGUCACUGGGCAUCGCUCCACACACCAAGAACUGGACUGAGAUCAGGAAUAACACAGAACUGAGUGUACACAAUGUGAAGACAACUCUGACUCAGCUUCAGCAGACUCUGAAUGAGAAACUCAGCAGAAUGCUGAAUGAGAAGCUGAAGGAAAUGGUCCCCACAGAACUGAAGACUAUUCAGCAGUAUGCAGUGGAUGUGACUCUGGAUCCUGAUACAGCUCAUCCCCUUCUCAUCCUGUCUGAUGAUGAAAAACAAGUGACGUGUGGAGACACAAAGCAGAAUCGACCAGACACCCCGAAAAGAUUCUAUAAAUAUCCUAUAAUCCUUGGAAAUCAGGGUUUCUCCUCAGGGAGGUUUUACUAUGAGGUGCAGGUCAGCAGGAAGACCAUGUGGAGUUUAGGAGUGGCCAGAGAGUCUGUAAACAGGAAGGGGGAGGUUACACUGACACCUCAGGAUGGAUUCUGGACUGUGGCUCUGAGGGAGGGGAAUGAGUAUAAGGCUUGUGAUGAUAAUCAUAUCUCCCUCUCCCUGAGAGAGAAACCCCAGAAGGUGGGCGUGUUUGUGAAUUAUGAUGAGGGUCUGGUCUCCUUCUAUGACGUUGAGGCCAGGUCUCAUAUCUACUCUUUCACUGGUCAGUCUUUCACUGAGAAACUCUAUCCAUACUUCUGUCCUUCUAAUAAUGAUGGAGGUAAAAACUCAGCACCACUGAUCAUCUCUCGUGUGUAAAAUUUACCCCUCACAAAAUCAGUAGUGUAUGAAAACUCCAGAGUGAAAGAUAUUUUUUUCAAAACAGAUAUCACCACAUGAGUAAUGAUCAUGAAUUUUAAUAUCAUGUUAGGGUUAUCUGGAGUGUAUUGUGCAUGUCUAUUAAAAACAGAUCAAUGUAUAAUAAACCUUGAAUUCACCUUUUUAGUAGAGAAAUAAUUUCCUAAAAAAAAAAGGAUUAUUUUGUUAGUUGAAGUGUGUAUCCUAACAUUAUUCUACUGUGAGAAUAUACUCUUUAUGUGUGUUUGCAUUUAUAUUUAUAUAUAGUUUUAGGAUAGAACAUUGUGUGCAUGUUUUUUUGCCUCAAGGAGAAACAAUCGUAGCCUUCUGAAUCUGCCAGCUUGACCAGUUAAUUAAUCCUCUCAAUUAACUGUAUAGUUAAUAGUCUAAAAUGAUUUUAUUAUUCAUACUGGAAAAGGAACAUGUAGAAGUUUAACAGAGUUUGAGUACACCAUUUCUAACACCAGCUAGUUAGACCCAACUAACACAAGCUAGCUAGAUAGCUAAGAACAGCCACACAACAUUGACACUCUUCAUGCUUGAAUUCUGGUCAACAAUUAUUAUUAUUAUUAUUAUUAUUAUUAUUAUUAUUAUUAUUAUUAUUAUUAUUGGCUGUUUUUUAUUGUUUGUUUAUUUGUUUUUAAAUAAAUGUAGUUGAUAUAAUUUAGCUGAUAUAAUUUAGUUGGUAAAUAGAUCAGCCAGCUAAUUCUUGUCUUUUCUGUUCAAGGGUAACAAGACUAGUGAGCUAAUUUACUUAGGCUACCAAGCUUGCUUAGCUAAAAGGAAAAAAAUUUAGUAGACUUUGAUAAUCUAUCUUAUAUAAAUUAUUAAUUUUUAAAGAAAUAGCUAGUCAACAUAUUUGACCAGUAGUUUUUUCAGCUAGUUGUUUUAUAUGUUAAAGUUCUGUCACCUCUGUCCUCCAUUUUAGGGUUUUCAAUAUAAUGCAGCAUCUGUCUUGUUUAACUGUAAUUGUGUUGUGGGUGGUGUAUAAAAUUUUAGUGUGCUUUAUAUUGUAUGAAUUGAUGGUAUUUUAUGAUUUACUGUUGAUUUUUUCGUCACUUAAAUCUGAAUAAAAAUCUUUCACACA